GAAGCAAAAAGAAACAUGGGCUGUUUGUGCUCAGUAUGCGGUUGUAACCACAUUUUCGGCUGGCACACUGGUACUGGAAAACAGCACAGAAGAAACCCUGUAUGUUUAUGCUGUGGCAAAACACAACCUGAUACAGCUGAAUGGAUCACAAGUGACUCACUUCAGCUGAGAAAACUAGGAUGCAAUUUGGAAGACUCCCCUAUAUUAAGCAAACAAGAUGCAGAUGUGACACCGAAAGAGGAAGUAGAAUGUACACCUGAAAGUACACAACAGCUAGAACCUGAAUUUCUGAACUGUGCUGUAGAUGUAUCCUUGUUUAAAGAAACAAACCCCAUCGUCUCUGCAAAUAACAGAGGACCUGAUCUAGAAAAUGGAGGAAAAUCUCAUAAUCUUGACUCUGGAGAGGCUUGCACUUACCAGCAUCCACAAAUGAUGGCCUGUGAUCCCAAGAAUACUGCUGUUGUGGAAGUGACUGAAAAAAGGUUAUCAAGCAUAACGUCGCCAUUGGUUGAUGAAAAUGCAGAUAUGAUGAUCAUUCCUGACUGCUGCAAGAGGUCCAGAAGGCUUCCAGAACCCCAGCCUCUCCGGGUCGAUGGAGAUGGAGCUGUGAGGAAUGCUGGUUCAGUAUGUGAGCCCCAGCCAGUGACAGAUGUCUCGCCCCUAUCCAAUAAGUGUGAAGACUGCAAAGUGGACAGUGGAGAAGAAAAUGAAGAUGUACAGGCAUCAAGUCAUUUGUUGUCAAAUAAACCAGAAAAUGAUCUCCCAGAGCUUUUAGGUCAAGAUGGGGCCAGCACUUUUCAAACUACUGAAACAACUUUAGAAAGCAAAGAUGGGCCAGUUCAGCCAUGUACCUUAGGAAAAAACGUUAUGUCUCCGGAAAUGGAUGAAGACAUUUACCGAGAUGAAGAGGAAAUUGAAAAAGAAAAGACAAAGAAAGGAGCACCUGUUUGUGAAAAAGGCUUUAAAGAUGACCCUAAACUAGGAGUGGGACCGGAAUUUGACAUCAUCGAAUAUUGCAGAAGGGAAUGGAGAGGCAAUACUCCAGUUGCAAAGCAAAUGAGGGAGGGUUAUAAAGAAGUGUCUCACGCUUUUGGUGCUAUAAGACAAGUUAGAGGCGAUAACUACUGUGCCUUAAGAGCUACGUUAUUUCAGUGUCUUAGUCAAACUGCUAAGCUUCCCCAAUGGUUGAACAAUGCCGAUUUAAUUCAGUUGCCUGAAAAACUUAAUCAAACAUAUGAUUGGAUUAAUUUGUGGAGGUUUUGGAGUCCUGGAAGCAAAACACCUGGGUUACGGAUAAAGGAAUACUUGGAACUGCUUAAAAAAAAGUGGGCUGAAAUGAGCAAAAUGAAGAUUUCCGAUAAAAAACAAGUGGCUUGUGAUGAGAUAUUCCAAACAGAAGAAGAGUACUGUUUGUAUGAGGCUGUGAAGUUUUUGAUGCUGAGAACUGCUGUUGACUUAUACAAUGCCAAUGAGAAUGGCGUGGAAGUGCCUGUGUUCUCUUGGCUGCUAUUUGCUAGGAACACAUCUAAUAAUCCUUGCGAGUUUAUGAAGAAUCACUUGAAUCAAGUGGGACACUCUGGAGGCCUUGAACAGGUUGAAAUGUUUCUCCUUGGAUAUGCAUUACAGCACACAAUAAAAGUAUAUAGACUGUAUAAAUAUGGAACAGAUGAAUUUAUUACACAAUAUCCAGAUGACCAGGCAGAUUGGCCUGUGGUAACUCUCAUAACAGAAGAUGACCGACAUUAUAAUGUUCCAGUUAGAGUGUGUGAAGAAACAAGUUUAUAGAUAUUGUAUCAUAUAAAUGAUUGAUACUACCACUGUUUUAAGAUUGUGCUGUUACAUAAAUGUGUUGUCUCUUUUAUUUGGGAACUUUCAGUGGCCCUCCUUGGAAGAACUUCAGUGCUAGAUUGGAAUAGUAGACUGUACAAUGGGUUUAUGGGUGAAGGAAGUUAUCCUUAAUUACUUCCAACUGCUUUAUAAGGGGGCAUUUGUUAUUUCUGAAAAACAAAUUCACAUGCAAUUAAGAAGAACCUAGUGGAUCCUGUACAUAUUUGAUUGCAAUCUUGGGUUUAUUACCCAUAUUUCUGAGAUGAUUCCCACAGAUGCCUUUGCAAAGUAAAAACAUUUUUGAUUUUUGAAA